UUAAACGUCCAGUUUAGUGUAUAUAGUAUUGUGUGUUGUGUGGAACUGACCAAAAUGGCUAACACGAAGGCAAUAGUUGAGGCUAAAAUAGCUGGGAAGAAAGUAAUGGUGUUUUCUAAAUCAUAUUGUCCCUACUGUAAGUUGGGAAAGAAAGUGCUGGAAGCUUACAUUGGGAAGGAACUUAAAGCUGAGGACUACGAAGUUUGGGAGAUAGAGAAUGAAUCUAACUGUGCAGAAAUACAGGCAGUACUUGGCAAAAUGACAGGCGCAACGUCGGUACCCCGUGUGUUCAUCAAUGGCAAGUUUAUUGGCGGAGGAUCUGAAACCCAAGAUCUGGACAAAAGCGGAGAGCUACGUAAAAUGUUGUCAUAGCACUGCCGAGCACAGUCGAGUUUCUUUUCUACAGUUCAGCACAAGAACAUUCAGUAAAAACCGGCGGAUUUUUUUUAAAGAACUGUAAAAACUUGAAUCGUGUAAAUGUAUCAUCCUGAUUAUUCAAUGAAACUAGUUUAUAGCCGGGAAUAUAGUGACUUUUUGGAUGACAUCUUACUACAGAAACCUGUCAAUUUGUCACGGUGUUGUUUUCUAUUUGUUUCUUUAUAUUAAAUUAUGAUAACUUG